AUGUUGAGCUCAUCGGCAGUCCAGAGCUCGGUGGCUCUAACACUCGUUGUCGUUGGUUGUUUGCUCAGCUAUCUCGCGGGGGUAUAUCGCACUUAUAAAAAGCUUAGUCACUUCAAAGGUCCCCCUCUGGCUGCCUUCACCAGCUUGUGGCUCGCUUCGCAGGCGAUCAAUGCGCGCAUGCCCACGGCCCAAAAAGAGGCGCUGAAGAAAUAUGGAUCACCGGCACGGAUAGGUCCCAGCUUGCUGGUCACCGAUGACCCUGACCUUCUCAGACAUAUGAGCGCUCCUAGGUCCAAAUGGACGCGAAGUUCGUGGUACGACGGCAUGAAGCUGGAUCCCAGAGUAAACAACAUCUUCUCUGAGCGCGAUGAACGACGGCACGCGGAGAUGAGAUCGAAAAUGAUCGGGGCAUAUUCUGGGAAAGAGGUCGACACGCUGGAAUCCGAUAUCGACGAGAACCUACAGAGAUUGCUGGCUCUGAUCAAGCGAGAGUACAACGGCAAGCCCCUGGACAUGUCACUUCUGGCGUCGUUUUUCACCCUCGAUGUGCUGAGCCAAAUCGCAUUUGGGGAUGCCUUUGGCUUCAUCGCAGCCAAUGAAGACCUCUACAAUUUCAACAAGAUUGCAAACCAAUUCUUCAAGGUUAUAGAAUUGAUCGUCAACCAUGACACCCUCCGCAGAUUCAUUCAAAGCAGGCCGAUGCAGAAACUCUUGGCCCCUAAAGGCACAGACGAAUUUGGUCAAGGCCGCGUUAUUGGCAUCGCGCAAAAAGCAGUCGCGGAACGCUAUCGCCCAGAUGCCAAGGUGAAAAGAGAUAUGCUUGGACACUUUAUCGCAAAGGGCCUCAGUCAGACACAGGCUGAGGCCGAGUCGCACCUACAGAUCAUUGCCGGCUCCGACUCGACGUCUUCUGCUCUGCGCAUAACAAUGAUGAUGUUGAUCGGCAGUCCAGUGGCGUACCGAAAGCUCGUCGCCGAAAUCGACAAGGCCGUUGCGGACGGCAAGAUUUCCUACCCGAUUGUCAGGUUUAGUGAGGCGGCCGAGCUCGAGUAUUUGUCGGCUUGCAUCUGGGAGGGCAUCAGACUGUUCCCACCUUUGUUUGGUCUCCAGAGCAAACUCGCCCCUCCCGAGGGCGAGACGAUCAAUGGAGUCUUCUACCCUCCAGGCACUCAAGUGGCCUUCUGCUGCGAAGGUCUUGGGCGGAGAACAGACAUCUUCGGAGCGGACGCAGAUCUGUAUCGGCCCGAUAGAUGGUUGCACCCUGAUCCGGAAGUCAGGGCGAAGUACUUGAGGACGGCGGAGCUGAUGUUUGGGAGCGGAAGAUUUGCGUGCCUGGGCAAGAACAUUGCCAUGAUGGAGUUGCACAAGGCAUUUGUCGAGCUUCUUCGCAACUUCGACUGGGCCCUCGUGGACCCAAUCAAGGGCGCUACGACCAUCGCCCACGGUAUCUGGGUGCAGGAGAAUAUGAUGCUGGUUGCAUCACCCCGGCAGGUUUGA